AUGGUUACAAUUCGAAUCUUACUCACCGUCUCUCUCACACAUCAUUGGCCGGUAAUUCAGCUCGAUGUUGCAAAUGCCUUUCUCCACGACAAUUUGUCAGAAGAAGUAUACAUGAAACAACCAGUUGUGUUCACGGAUCCUCAACACCCGACUCACGUUUGUAAGCUAAACAAAUCCAUCUACGGAUUAAAACAAUCACUGCGACAGUGGUUUCAAAAAUUCACCUCAUUCCUACACAAUCUUGGGUUCCAAUUCAGUAAAGCGGACCCUUCUUUGCUCAUACUUAAUCAUAAUAAUGCUUAUAUCUUCAUUCUUAUAUACGUUGAUGACAUUUUAAUUACAGGAAAUAACAGCCAAGCAAUACAAAAUAUUCUGCAACAACUCCAUUCCGCUUUUCGUUUAAAACAGCUUGGAGACGUUUCCUUAUUCUUCGGUAUACAGGUGGUCAAAACAAAGCACGAUGUUUUUCUACAUCAAGAACACUAUGCCAGGGAUCUCCUAACACACGCCGGGUUCUCUGACUGCAAACCGGCAGCCACUCCGUUAGGACUAAAGUGUAAAGAACAACGAGAUACUCAGCCGUUCUCCGACCCAACGCAUUUCUGGAAAUUAGCAGGAUCCCUUCAAUACCUGUCGAUCACUCGACCGGACAUUGCAUUUGCAACAAAUUCCAUCUGUCAGCAUAUGCAUCAACCGAGCAACCAUGACUACCUUAAACUCAAGCGCAUUCUGCGCUAUAUGAAAGGAACAAUAGACUUCGGUCUUCCCAUUAAAUCCGGCAAUAUUCUUCAACUCACUACAUACACGGACGCUGAUUGGGCGGCUGAUUCAAGUAAUCGGAAGUCUAUCACAGAAUUUUGCACAUUCUUGGGACAAAAUCUUAUAGCAUGGUCGGUCAAGAAACAAGCUACGGUAGCCAAGUCAUCUACAAAGGUCGAAUACAGGUCUCUAUCAGCUGCCACAUCUGACACUAUAUGGCUUCGCCGGUUGCUCGCCGACUUCAACAUCCCCCAGAAACAGCCUACAACAAUACACUGUGACAACACAUCGACUAUCGCCUUGGCUCACAACCCUGUCUUUCACGCAAGAACAAAGCAUAUUGAAAACGAUUAUCAUUUCAUCAGUGACCAUAUCAAACAAGGCGAAAUCAAUAUACAGCAUAUCAGCUCGGAAGAUCAAACAGCCGACAUUUUAACUAAGUCUCUUUCAGCAACGCGGUUUAGUACACUAAUGUCCAAAUUAACCAUUCGAUCCAAGAAUGAUUAA